UAGAUACAAAAGGAUUUUUGUCCGUGAACAAAGUCGAUCCGUGUUUCCCGUUUUCUUGUGGAAGUUUUUGGAAUGGUGGAUCAAAAUGUAAAAGGCGUUUCAUUUGGUCAUCGUACGUCAAAGAUUAAAAUAACUGUAUCUCAGCGCAAAGUUCUUCACGAAAGGCUAAGGUAAUUAGCAUUUUAUGCGCGUGUUUAAUUGGUGACGAUAUAUACGAUAAGUGGGGCCUUGGAGCAUGUUUAAAACGCCUGUUUCCGAACGUAAUCAAUCAUUCUUGGCUUAACUUGCGAAUUGUAGAAGUUAGAACGAACUUAUUUUAAACAAGAGAUAAUCGAACGCUUGACAUUUACCUAUGGCUUAUUCACAGUUUGUUUAUACUAUAAUGUUUCUGUUAUGUGCUUGCGCAGUUGACGCGAAGAAAAGAAGGACCAGAAAUAAUUCGCCGAAAUCAGAUAGUCCUGUUAAUCCAAAAAAGAGUUGGCUACAUUUUCAAAUAAAAAAUCUUGCAACUUCUUAUGAUAGAGAUUCUCCUAGAGACAACACUAUGUAUCAAGCAAGAAAUAAUGAACGGUGUAGAUGUUCAAGAGGUCCACCUGGUCCUUCAGGACCACGUGGUCCGCCUGGUGCUGAAGUUACAGAAGCAUAUCUUAUGUCAAAGUUUAGAGCGUUGAUCAGAACUACUGCUGAAAGACGUUCUGGACGAAUUAGAGAAACUUCUGAUCAGGCAAUGGCCUUAAUGGCUACCGGUGUAGCAGAUUUAGUUUCUGCUUUUCAUAUCGAAUUAAAAAACAACAUUCAAGUACCAAAGAAAAGCAUGGUGGAACUACGUAACUACAAAACUAACGUUGGUCAAUACGGAACGUUUAUCCGUGGUGAUGAUAUAAACUUCCGCUCGGGACAGUUCACCGUUCCUUAUACGGCAAUCUACAGAUUUUCAUCUGGUGUAAAUAUUGCCAGGUUUAGAGAUGCCAGUCUUCGACCACGUGACAUGGUUAAAGUGCUGAUAUGCAUAAACUUUCAAUGCAACAGAAACACAUCAUUGAUGACUGUUAGUGGUCUAUCUUCGAACAGCAGAGUUUUUACAAUACGCGUUGAAGGUCUUCUUUCUUUAAAGGCUGGCCAACAUGUAUCCGUGUACAUUGAUAAUAAUUCAUCAAAUCCAGUUGUCGUUCAGUCAAGAUCCACGUUUACUGGGGUUCUUAUUGGAAUAUAAUAACCUAAAUCUACCUGUAAACCUUAAAUCAAUCUUAUGUAUGAAAGGAAAUCCUCCAUCAACAAAAUGAUAUAGAAUUGUUAGUUCCCUGUUCUUGUGCUAACUUCUAAGCCUGUGUUAGUUUAGCGUGUAAAAUGUUUCGACGAAUUCUGGAGGAAAUAAGCUUAUAGUCGUGAAGAAAUCAAUACUCCAUAUAAUUUGUAAAUAGACUUACUUCAUCAACUUAUUGUUCUGUUUAAGAGAGUAUUUAUAUAAAAAUAUUAUGAUAUAUUGUAUUAAGAAAUAUUGUUUCAUAGUUUGUAGUGAUCAAAAAAGUAAAAGUAUGUUUCGAUGUUUUCAUUGUUUAGUAUUUUACUCAAUUAGCUAUAGCAAGCAAAACUGAACUCGUGAAAUUGAUAGGAGUGACAACUGUUCCAAUUUAAAUCAAUAACUUUAAAACAACAAAAUGAAACAUACGAAAGAUAACUGCGUUAGACCAUCAACCAAUAUGUUCAAAAUGACCAGAUUGCAUCUUUUAACAUCUACUAUCUUUGGUAUCGCUAAUGUUGACUAUCUUGAGAACUAUGAAUAAAAAUAACUUUAAACAGGU